AUGCUCGCAAAGGACAGUGUCACCUGGGUUGCAAUAAUAUCGGGCCUGUCCCAAAAUGGUCGUCAUGUUGAGGCUAUCCUUCUUUACUCUGAGAUGCGGAAGUUGGGUGUAUACCCAACUCCUUAUGUCUUUUCGAGCAUCAUAAGUGCCUGCACCAAGAUAAACUCUUUCGAACUUGGGGGCCAAUUUCAUGCUCUAAUCAUAAAGUGGGGCUUUUCAUCUGAGCUUUUCGUGUGCAACUCCCUGGUCACGCAUUAUUCUCGAUCCGGGAAUUUAUCAUCAGCUGAACUGAUAUUCGAUGGGAUGUCACAUAAGGAUAAAGUCACGUUCAACACUCUAAUUUCGGGCUUUGCCACUCAUGGAUCAAAUGAGAAAUCUCUUGAGUUGUUUGAUAAAAUGCAGACCGAGUCCUUAAAGCCCGAUUGUGUUACAGUUGCGAGCCUAUUUGGAAUUUGUGCAUCAAUGGGGGAUCUUUGCAAGGGAACUCAGCUGCAUGCUUACGCAGUCAAGGAGGGGAUGUGUUUGGAUGUCAUCAUUGAGGGAUCUCUGCUAAACCUUUACGUAAAAUGCUCGGACAUAAAAGCAGCCAAUAGAUUUUUCCUUGAAACUCAAAAUAAUAAUGUGGUACUAUGGAAUGUGAUGCUAGUGGCCUAUGGGCAAAUGGGCGAACUUCAAGAGUCUGUCCGGAUUUAUUCAAACAUGCUUAUUGCUGGUCUGCAGCCUAACGAGCACACUUACCCUAAUAUCCUGAGAACGUGCACGUCUGCCGGGGCCCUCGAUUUGGGUGAGCAAGUCCACACCCAAGUCAUCAAAACUGGAUUCCAGCCAAAUGUGUAUGUGUGUAGCGUGUUAAUCGACAUGUAUGCAAAGCAUGGAGAAUUAGAACCCGCCUUGAAAAUUUUUAGGCGCCUUAAAGAGGAAGAUGUGGUUUCUUGGACGGCCAUGAUUUCCGGGUAUGCCCAGCACGACAUGUUCCAUGAAGCAAUAAAACUUUUUGAAGAAAUGCAAGCACGAGAGAUCCGUUCGGAUAACAUAGGAUUGGCAAGCGUCAUAAGCGCUUGUGCAGGAAUUCAAGCGCUCGAUCAGGGACGUCAGAUUCAUAGCCAGUCUAUUGUGUCGGGAUACUCUUCGGAUGUUUCGAUAGGGAACGCACUCGCUUGUCUAUAUGCUAGGUGCGGCCGCACGAGGGAGGCCGACUCGGCAUUUGAGAGAAUAAAUCCGAAAGACAAUAUUUCUUGGAAUGGGUUCAUAUCUGGACUUGGGCAGAGUGGAAACAGUGAAGAUGCUCUAAAGGACCGUGGGAGCUUGUGGAGUGAGUCGGAGCUCGGGCAGAAGGACCCGACUGAGCUCGUACACAGUGAGAAACUGGCAGUUGCUUUCGGGCUCAUGAGCCUGCCUGGUGUGAUUCCCUUGCACGUUAUGAAGAAUCUGCGUGUUUGUAACGACUGUCAUAAUUGGAUCAAGUUCAUAUCGAGGGUUUCUGAUCGGGCUAUUGUUGUACGGGAUGCAUACAGCGAGGCAUUUUUGUCAACUGCAGACUCGGCUGUGAAGCUUCUUCCGGAAGCUACUAAGCCAGUGAGUAGAUGGAAGGGAGUUGAGUAUAGAACGGCAUGUCCUGUUACAAUUCCAUCUGUUCUAUCCCACCGGAUAUGGAUAAAACGUCUCGUCCCUUGCCGGUUGCUUCCGCUCUGUACAUUUUGGCUUGGAGGAAGUUCACGGGGCGCGCUUCUUAUGCAUCCUGACGGAACAUUUUCUGUCGACUUUGAGAAGGUUGAGGAUGCAGUCGAAAGCUUGAGUCGGAAGAUUCUAACUAUACAACGAAAAGGCGAUAAAAACGCUGCAAAAUCUCUCCUUUCAAAGCACGGUGUGCUUUCACAGCCGCUAAAAUCCGCGCUCGAUAAAUUGCAAGAUAUUGAGGUUCCGGUGGAUAUAUUGCCCGACUUCCCGAUUGCCAACAAUAUUUUACAGGAACAAGAAUGA